AUGGGCCACACAAUUCACGGCAAAAAGGUCGGCAACAUCGGCUUCGGUCUGAUGGGCCUGACAUGGCGUCCCGACAGGCUCCCGGAGGAGCAGAGCUUCGCCACUAUCAAAAUCGCCCUCGAGAGCGGCUGCAACUACAUAAACGGCGGCGAGUUCUACGGCCCGCAGGACAACAACUCACUUACACUCCUGAAUAAGUACUACGAAAGGUAUCCCGAGGACCAAGACAGGAUUGUGCUUAACAUCAAGGGAUGCGCCGACUUGACCACCCUGAUUCCGGACGGCUCGCCUGCGGGGGUCAAGAGGAGUGUCGAGAACUCGGUCCGCCUGAUUGGCGGCAAGGGCCGGAUCGACCAGUUCGAGCCCGCCCGGAAGGACCCCAACACCGAGAUUGAAGUCACCGUGGCCGCCUUGCAGGAGCAGGUCGAGGCGGGCAACAUUGGCGGCAUCACGCUUAGCGAGGUCAGCGCCGCCACCAUCCGUCGGGCAGCCGGGGUGGCCAAGAUCGAAGCCGUAGAAGUUGAGAUGUCGCUGUGGGCAACUGACCCGCUCGAAAACGGCAUCGCGCAGGCUUGUGCCGAACUCGACAUACCCAUCCUCGCAUACUCCCCCCUCGGCCGCGGGAUACUCACCGGCCAGAUCAAGUCCUUCGAUGAUCUCCCCGAAGGUGACUUCCGCCGACACCUCCCUCGGUUCCAGCCCGAUGUGUUCGAGGGCAACUUUCGCAUGGUCAAGGAGGUGGAGAAGCUGGCGGCCAAGAAAGGCUGCACGCCGGGCCAGGUAGCCAUCGGAUGGCUUCUCGCCCUGUCGCGGCGACCCGGCAUGCCCAGGAUCAUUCCCAUCCCCGGUGCGUCAAAGCCCGAGCGGGUGAGAGAGAACUCGGUCGAGAUUGAGUUGAGCGAUGAGGACAUGGUCGAGCUGGAGAGAAUCGUGAAGGAGUUUUCGCCGGUGGGCACCAGGUACCCUGAGCACCUGAUGAAGCAUAUCGACACGAGCACUGCGUAA